AUGGCGACGAGGCCGCCCGCGGAGGGGAAGCCGUGGGAGCUGGCGGCGCACCCGCGGCUGCCCAAGGGCAAGACGGUGGCCGUGGUGGUGCUGGACGGCUGGGGCGAGGCGGCGCCCGACCCCUUCAACUGCAUCCACAUCGCCGACACGCCCACGCUGGACGCCCUCAAGAAGGCAGCUCCGGUGAGAUGGAGGGUCAUCAAGGCGCACGGUACAGCGGUGGGGCUGCCCACGGAUGACGACAUGGGGAACAGCGAGGUCGGCCACAAUGCGCUCGGAGCAGGACAGAUAUACGCGCAGGGCGCGAAACUGGUGGAUCUGGCGCUGGACUCCGGGAAGAUAUACGAGGGUGAAGGUUUCAAGUACAUCCAGCAGUCCUUCCAGGACGGCACUCUGCACCUCAUCGGCCUGCUCAGCGACGGAGGCGUGCACUCGAGGUUUGAUCAGCUGCAGUUGCUGCUCAAAGGGGCAAGCGAGCGCGGGGCGAAGAGGAUACGGGUUCACGUCCUCACGGAUGGCCGUGACGUGCUGGAUGGCAGCAGCGUCAGGUUCGUGGAAAUGCUCGAGGACGACCUUGCUAGGCUUCGGGACAAGGGCGUUGAUGCGAGAAUAGCAUCUGGCGGUGGCAGGAUGUAUGUCACGAUGGAUCGUUAUGAGAAUGACUGGCAGGUUGUGAAGCGAGGUUGGGAUGCGCACGUCCUCGGUGAAGCCCCACACAAGUUCAAGAACGCGCUCGAGGCCGUGAAGAAGCUCAGGGAGGAUCCAAAGGCCAACGACCAGUACUUACCUCCCUUCGUCAUAGUCGAUGAGAGCGGAAACCCGGUCGGCCCGGUACAGGACGGAGACGCUGUGGUGACGUUCAAUUUCAGAGCUGACCGGAUGGUGAUGCUUGCAAAGGCGCUGGAGUACGAGGACUUCGACAAGUUUGAUCGUGUCAGGUUCCCCAAGAUACGCUAUGCCGGCAUGCUUCAGUACGAUGGCGAGCUCAAGCUUCCAAGCCAUUAUCUCGUUGCUCCCCCAGAGAUAGAGAGGACCUCCGGUGAAUACUUGGCGCGCAACGGCAUUCGCACCUAUGCUUGCAGUGAGACAGUCAAGUUUGGUCAUGUCACUUUUUUCUGGAACGGAAAUCGGUCUGGAUACUUCAACCAAGGCUUGGAAAAAUAUGAAGAAAUUCCCAGCGACAUCGGCAUCCCCUUCAAUGUUCAGCCCAAGAUGAAGGCCUUGGAAAUUGCACACAAAGCAAGGGAUGCCAUCCUGAGCCGAAAUUUUGAUCAGGUACGGGUCAACAUUGCAAAUGGAGAUAUGGUUGGCCAUACAGGAGACAUUGAGGCAACUGUUGUUGGAUGCAAGGCAGCUGAUGAGGCUGUUAAGAUCAUCAUCGAUGCCGUUGAACAAGUGGGUGGCAUUUUUGUACUGACCGCCGACCAUGGCAACGCCGAGGACAUGGCGAAAAGAGACAAGUCUGGAAAACCACUCCGGGACAAGGACGGGAGGGUCCAGACCCUUACUUCGCACACGCUGAAUCCGGUUCCAAUCGCAAUAGGAGGUCCUGGACUUGCACCUGGUGUCCGGUUCCAUACAGACCUCGCAAACGCCGGCCUCGCUAAUGUUGCAGCGACAGUCUUGAACCUUCAUGGGUUUGAGGCCCCUGAUCAUUAUGAACCAACACUGAUCGAAGUCGUCGACAAGUGA